AUGGCGCGGUACGUACCAAUUCGAGGUGGGUCUUACGUACCUUUACCAGCCUGGAUAGAGCGAAAGAAAGCAAUUGUAAGUGUUAAGAAUGACGACAAYAAAUGCUUCCAGUGGGCAAUUAGGUCUGCCUUAUACCCAGUUGAGAAAAACACAGCGCGCACGAGUAAUUACCCAACAGACGACCUAGAUUGGACUGACGUUUCCUUUCCAAUGCAGUUAAGUUGUAUACCAGACUUUGAGGAGCGCAACGACCUAGCAAUAAACGUUUAUGGAGACCGGGAAGAGACCAUUGUCCCACUAAUGUUGUCAAAGCACACCGGAGAGCGCAUUCACCUAUUCUACCACGGCGGUCACUAUUCCUGGGUUAAGAAUUUAAGUCGAUUAUUUUACAGACAUACCAAGCAUAAGUGUAAGAAGUUCUUCUGCGAGUCCUGCCUACUCCCAUUUCCUGACUUAAAAGCUUUAAAGAAGCACGACGAAAUCUGCCGUGGCGUAGAGGAAGUUGCACAGCGCAUUCAAAUGCCAGCAGAAAAAGACUUGUUUUACGAGGAUUUCAAGCGGCAAAGCARAGUUCCCUACGUUAUUUAUGCAGACUUUGAGGCAAUAAUCACGGAUGAAUACCAAGAAUCAGGUAAUACGCAGCGUAAAGGCCUUCACGAGAUUUGCUCUUACGGUUACGUUGUAGUGCGCAGCGACGGUAAAGCAGACGACCCAGUUAUAUACCGCGGUAAGAAUGCGGCCGCACUCUUCCUAGAAGCCAUUAAGGAGGAGGAAGAGGACAUUAGACAGCGCUUACGCACCACAAAGCAACCAAAGCUAUCCAAGGCCGAGCAGGCCGCGUACGCAAAGUCAAUGACGUGCCACGUUUGUAAGCAUAAUCUCCUCCAAUUUGGACGGAGAGUUAAGAAGUGCUGGUCAGACGACGGCGCCUACCUUGGUGAAGCACACCCCAAGUGCGGGAAGUACGCACGCAAGGGUGAGAAGGCUGGAAAGCCAACCACGCACUGCAUUCACUGUAAAAAGCCCUUCGAGGAAGACUUCUACGUAGAUAAAGUCUUAGACCACUGUGAACUAACCGGGGCGUACAAAGGCGCAACGCAUUGGAGAUGCCGCAACAAGAUUGACUCAAACAUGGAUAUUCCAGYAUUCUUUCACAACCUUCGCGGAUACGAUUCCCACCUUCUCUUACAAGGCGUUGACGGCCACGAAGUUAAGUGCAUACCGAAUAACAAGGAGCGGUACAUGUCCGUGACAAUUGGUAAGUUAAAGUUCUUAGAUUCCCA